AUGAGAGUCUAUUUGCAAAAUUCUAGUAGUAAAACUUGGGCUAUAGUUGAAACUGGCUAUACACCUCCUACAGUAGAUACAACUGUGGAUGGUAAAAUAGUCAAAGAGUUAAAAGAUACUUUUGUUUUUGCUGCUAUUGAAACUGAGCGUAAUGAUGCUACUGGUCAGAAGGAGAAAAAUCUUACAUUGAAAUCUACACAGGUUGAGAAUUUUGUGGAUGACAACUCUGAUGAUGAUCUUGCAUUCUUGUCAAGACAAUUCAGUCAGAUUUUGCAGAGACAACAGAGGAGAAGGAAUAGCAACAUAGCUAAUCCUCAAAACUUUGACAAAACAUCAAAGUUUAGAGGUCCUCAUGUCAUGUCUUUAUCUGAUUCUGAUAUUUCAGAUAACGAAGCCAAUGACGUUCAUGAUGAACAGGUACAAGAGGCUGAAAAGGACGACGAAAGAUUGAAGAAGAUGGUCAAAGAAACCAUUGAAGUCAAACAGUUUGAUCAUAACGAAGACGAUGUCGCUCUUGGUUAUAUUCUGCAUGGGAUUGCUUAUAGUAUGCCUUCAAGCACAUAG